AGCAGAAUGGAUGACAGUCGACUCCGGUGUGUGAACAAGAAGAUUGAAAAUGAAAGAUUCGACGAUGAAGAUAACCCAACAGACUCUUCAUAUGAACAGAUGCAUGUUGAAGAAUCAGUGGGGAAAAUAUUUAGGCAUUUUAAGAGCAGACUAGAGUUAGAUAACAGCUUAGAAGAACAACCUGUGCUGAACAGACACUCUCAUAUAGCAUUUUUGUUGAAGGGUUUAAAAGCUCUAUCAUUAUCAUAUGAGUGUCUAGAUGCUAGUCGACCAUGGUUGUGUUACUGGAUUCUUCAUAGCCUUGAACUGCUGGAAGAACCUCUCCCUGAGGACACUUUGUCAAAUGUUGCACAGUUUUUGGGGAAGUGUCAAUGUGCGAGUGGAGGAUUUUCAGGGGGACCAGGUCAAGAUGCACAUUUAGCUCCAACCUAUGCAGCUGUGAAUGCAUUAUGCAUCUUAGGUACGGAGGAAGCCUAUAAAAUUAUAGACAGACAAAAGCUCUAUACAUUUCUUAUGAAGAUGCGGACUUCAGAAGGGGCUUACAAAAUGCAUGAAGGAGGUGAAGUUGAUAUACGAGGAACUUACUGUGCAGCGAGUGCAGCACGACUGACCAACAUUGUGACUCCGGCGUUAUUUGAUGGCACCCCUGAGUGGAUUGUAAGUUGUCAGACUUAUGAGGGUGGAUUUGGAGGUUGUCCUGGUAUGGAGGCCCACGGAGGAUAUUCAUUCUGUGGACUGGCAGCUCUAUCUCUCAUGGGACGGACAAGUCUUUGUGAUCUCCGGGCAUGUCUGAGGUGGACAGCCAACAGACAGAUGAGAUUUGAGGGUGGAUUCCAGGGUCGUACCAAUAAACUAGUAGAUGGGUGUUACUCCUUUUGGCAGGCUGGUGCCUUCCCUCUGUUCCACAUGGUCUGUUCCAUGCAAGAUGACCACUGUUUGAGUACAGAACGCUGGAUGUUUGACCACGAAGCCUUACAGGAAUAUAUUUUAGUCUGUUGUCAACACCAAGGAGGGGGUCUUAUUGACAAACCUGGAAAGUCCCGUGACUACUACCACACCUGCUACUGUCUCAGUGGACUAGCAGUGUCACAACAUUUCGCUGGUGGAAAACUCGCUCAUCUUCACACAGUAGGAUCCCAAGACAAUGAACUGAAACCAACACAUCCAGUAUUCAAUAUAGGAGUUGAUGCUGUGGCUCACGCUAACAUGUACUUUAACAAGUUGUCCCUACCUCAGGAGCCAGAUGUAUGACAUCAAACAUUGGUCAGCUCCAUCAACGUCCUUCCCUGGUGUCUAGGUUCCAGGUCAGGUAUUCAACAGGACAACGUGAGACAACAUACUAGGGUAUUACGUCUGUACGCAGGUACAGCUGGUAUAGAAAAAGGAAGAAAACUUUGAUGUGUCACACAGGAGAAAAAAUAAGCAACUCGUGUCUACAAAGUAGAUGUCAGCCAUUGUGGUGUAUAUGAGAGACUAAGUGUAUGGUAGCAUAUACAUAAAAGUGAUGAAAGGCAAGGGAGAUUACCUGCGAGCUCCUUACACCUGAUCCUUCAAGGUUCCGACGAAACAACAAAGUUACCCAUUCUCAGAACAUCAGGAUCGGAAUGACCAGUUGAUUGAUAGUUAAGGCUUAGAAUACAUACAUAAAAAAAUAUAGGUAUGCUUAAGUUCAAGUCUUUGUUCAAUCAGUAAAUCUGCUUUCCUUUAUCGCAGUCCAAAUGGUUUGACUGAUAGGACCAGAUUGGUUUGUUUAUGAAAUAAGGAUAGACAGAUUGCUCUUACAAGGGGGUUUGUUGUUUUCAGACGAGCCUUAACAAAGACUUUCAAAGCCUAUAUUAACACCAGCAGAUCUUUCAAGAUUUAUGCCUGAAAUGUUCCAUUUAAGAAAUUUAUUAAUUAGUUUCACUACAUAAAUAACAUGGCCCUAGGUCACAUGUUUCCCUCUACAAGUAUCUCUUCAGUAUCAUAUGAUCAGUCAUUGCGAGGUCUGGUCGUGUUUUAUAUGUAUCACUGGUACUAUGGACUCUUAAUGUAUAACAUUAAGUGAUUUAUUUACGUAAUUCAUUUCAUCUACUCAAAGAAAAGGUAGUUUCAGACUAGUGAACAAUUUAUUACCAGUAUCAGUAAAGAUAAAAGAAAAUUGAUUUUUAACUGAGAUCUCUAUAAAUUUGAAAGGUUUUAUGAAAGUGGUAUACAAACCAGCACUUUAUAUUUUAUACAGACUGUUAUCGGCAUAGCAUCAGUGCAUUGCAAAUACAAAUGUAUAUCAUUUCUGUUAAGUAUAGAAAAUUAUUUUGGACUUGAAUAUAUUUUGAUAUCGAUAAACCAGUGUUGUAUACUAACUGGUAAGGUAUAUUAUUUUAUAGGCAUACAUUGUUAUCUGCUGUAUCUCACUUUAUUAUCCAGGGAAUCAGAUUAAAAUGUCAAUAUUAGAUAUAAUGUGGAUCUUUCUUAUAGCUGUAAACUGUUGCCUCUGUGGUAGAGCAAAACUAUCUGCAGAUUAUUAAAAUAUUUCAUAUCUUCAAGACAAAACAAAUAAACAUUUACACAGUUAUUGUUUUAGGAAUUGGUGUCAUGAUCCUGUAACACAUAUAACUAUUGCUGAUAAACUUUUAAUAUAAAACCUGCCACAGAUUUUUGUUGGUUUGUAAGCAAUGAUAAUACAUUUUAUUACACCAUGAAAUAUCCUCAUAAGUGUAGGUAUUCUUUAUUGUGUUACACUUCCCAUCAGAUUUCUGUAGUUCUUGAAACACCGUAAUCUAUUCUGUCAAAAUGAGAUAGGUGAUGUCACAAAAGUGGUCAUAUGAUCAAAUGGUGUUAUAGUCCCAGAACACAUACAUGGUGUAACAGGGUUUGCACUGGGCAUUUCAUAAAUGGGGUCCUUUUCAGAUAAAAUGGAGUCCCUGUGAAUAAUUUGAAUGGAGCUUCCAGAAAAAAAUGGGGUCCUUUCAAAUUUCUUUGAUUCAAAAGACUAUGGGGAUGGCUUCAAUGCAAACCCUGGUGUAAUAUGCUCUAUCAAUGGGAUGAUGCAGAGCAAAUGUAAAUUGAUAUCAAUAUAUAUAUAUACAAAUAUUUGUGUUGCAUUUAUAUAGUGUCCAAGUCGACAGAUUUUAGAAUACAAUUUGUAGUGUAAACAGUCUGUAUGUUUAAUGUAUAUGUUAUUAGACUAGUUACACGUAGACACGUGUCUAAAAACCAUAUUCACAAAUAUGUUCUCAAAGAGUAUCUUUAUAAUCUGUGUGAAACUGUUGUGAUGAGAAAGAAAAUAUUGUUUAUAUAGACUGUGUCCCACUAGAGAAAGAAUGUAUUGUUUAUAUAGACUGUGUCCCACUAGAGAAAGAAAAUAUUGUUUAUAUAGACUGUGUCCCACUAGAGAAAGAAAGUAUUGUUUAUAAAGACUGUGUCCCACUAGAGAAAGAAAGUAUUGUUUAUAUAGACUGUGUCCAUCUAGAUUGUGUUUUACAAAUGAAAAUUUAUAUAUAUCUAUAUUAAACAUUCGAUAUGUUACUGCAUUUACACAUAUAGUGUUCCAGUAUAGUAAGUUUAAUGUAACAUUAACAGAUGUGAUAUUCUGGACUUUGGUUGUAUGUAUAAGAGAUGCGUAAAUAUGGAUGCAUGGAAUGCUUUGGUAUACAGUGUAGUUAUGGUACCGUACUGCUCUAAUGCUUUAGUUUCUGUGUAAAUGUAUUGAAUGUUGAAAGGUCUACACAUAAAAUAUAUUUGAGUAAUAGUUUGAUUUUGAGAGAUCAUGUUUUAGAUUAGAAAAUUGAGGUUAGACAAACCGUACAUGUAAUUAUUUCUUGGUCUGUGCAUACCAGAUAGAUAUCACCAAAGUUGUUUGUAUCACAGGGAUUUGUCACAGAUUCCCAACACAUGGUCCAUACACUUUAGAAGUGGAUAUUUUCGCUUAGUCACCUUCCAAACUGUUCACGGUGUGGAUAUUUUCGCGCUGUCAUUCAUACUGAAUAUAUAUUCUAGGGCUUCUAUGUUAUUUUUCCUUUUCUAUAGAUAAACCGUAUAUUCCGAAAUCUCAUUCUUCUCACUUUUCAAGUUAUUAUAGCUAUGUCUCAAACACUUGACCGACCAUAGCAAAGUUACACAUCACAGACAACAUGGCGCUUAAAUGCCGACAUGGUUUACCACCAAGAAAUUGCUUCUUGGAUUUUGUUGUAUUUAGUUUAUUUGGUUGAAAUAUACGCAUGUCAAUAUAUUUACAUGUUAAAAUGUUCGUGUGUGGAUAUUUUCACAGAAAUUUAAUGAUCGCGAAAUAAGUAAAAAAUUUCGUCCCCCGAACAAUUCCACUUUUACUGUGUAUGUAUAUAUGCAGAGUAGGUUUGGAGUUUAUGCCAAGUCCCUGUGAUUUGUAUAUUUAUUUAUCAUCCAAUGAUCUAUCAGAGUUACUUCCCUUUCUUUCACUUGGUGGUACAGCAAUAGUUUGUCAGCUGAUGGGGGGCCGAGAAUGGGUCAAAAUGGAAAAAUAAUGGCGGCAAGACUGAUAUGGAACAUACAUGAAUCGGGUUGUCAAUCCAGACAACUCCUAUGAUUUUUUAAGAGAAACUGAUAUAAUGACAACCAAAACCUUAAGUAUUUCAUUUUAGCUGUUCCUUUAGUAGUUUUACAUUUACCAUAAAAUCCUUAGCCAUGAUCUUUUUUUUAUUUUGCUUUAUAUAUGCAUAAUGUCAACAUAAUCUCAUAGAAGCAUUUAAUAGACUUGUACAAUAUUUUUGAUUACUGUAAUAGUAUAGAAGCUCAAUGAAGGACUGUUGAACUUGUGUCAUGGUGCAGCAUCCCUUCAACAUAUGUCAAAUUUUUCAUUAAGGUGCUAAUAGUUCAGAAUGUGGGAAUAGACUUUGACUAGAUUUGGUCUGGAGAAUUUGACCAAGGGUCUAUAAUUCUUUUGGCAAAGCUCAUUAGCCAAAAGAAAGUUGGGGUAUUUAAGUUCGGUGAAUAAACUAUGAAUCUUCUUUUGAACAAAGAACUCUGCAGUGUAACGGGCUGUCCGCCAUAACAUGAAGAUCUCAAAUUGGGAAAAUCGAAUUUUACUACUAUGGAAAUUUAUUUUGAAGUGAUAAAUAUCCUCUGGACAACUUGUUUUGAAUAUGGUAUCAAACUACAGUGUUACAGUAGAUAAAACAGUUCUAGAACUUGUCAAAGAUGACAUCAUGUCACCUAAACAUGAUUCAACAUUACACAAAAUGGUGAAGUGCUAUUAUUUUUAUUUUCCUUAGUUACUGUAAGUACUAAAUGUAUGUUGAGCAUCUCAUUAAGUUCUGCCAGUCAAUAUACAUUUUAGAGAUAUUUGUGUGAUCUAAAUCAUAAAGUCUUGUUUAUACAAUAUUGAUACAGAAUAAAUGAUCAUAACAAUGUUUCAAUUAUUCAUGUGUGUGCCACCUUUUGUUUUAUUGGUUAAUGAUGAGGAAGAGAAUAAAGUGACAUCAUGUGAUAUUAUGUAGAUUUCAUUGAUUUUAUGUAGAUUACUUGCUGUACAUGUGACAGCAGGUUUAACUGUUGUGUGGUAAAAUACCCAAGUAAUGUUUAUUGGGGACCAGAAAAGUUGGACCAAAUGUGGUAAAUGUAUGUUGUUGUGUUCCAAAUUGUUAAUCAUGAAUCAUUUCAAAAAGCUGCCUUUCAAUUAUUGGUGUUCCAAAGAAGAAUACCAAAUAAAGAUAAUUAAAGGGUUCUUAAAUGUUGUGCGUGUUGUAUCACUUCAUACGCAUUUCCAAUUCAGUGGGUUAAUAAGAUCUAGAUUCUACAGAGAGACAUGUAAAUUUGAAGCAUGCAGAAUGUAUUUCUAAUCUGGGAACACAGCUUUUCCUGUGUUCAUGUGUACCAGUAAGUUGUUUGUAUAAUUAUAUUUUGGUGUAGGGGAGGGAGAAUGGGGGGUCAGCAUUGAAAGGAGACAAUGUUUUUUUUUCUUAGCUUUUCUAAUUACAUCACAUAUUGGCUGUAACAAUAUAAGCCAAUGAACGAAACUUGAAUUGAGGGUUCAACCAUGUCAAAAGAAGAUGUAGUGUUAUAAAGUAAAUUAGCAUUGCCUAUAAGUAAAAUAUUAAAUACAUGUAAUGAAGUACUGUUUAGAUUGUAACUUUUCAACACAUGAUCUUUCACCACAAUUACCUGUUAGAUAUACAGUGAUUUCUACGAGGUCAUAAUGAUCUUCACUGCCAGGUCAACUUUAUAUGAGUGCAAAUUGCUCUGUGAUGUCUUUUCUUGGUUUAAAAUGAAGAAUUUCUUGAUGAUGCAUGUUUGUACUCUUAAGAUAAUUUAUGUGCAUAGUAAUCAACAGGCAGUGUGUAUUGCACUGUAUUUUGGUCACUGAGACUCUGCUUGGUGAAAGGUUGAAAUACAAAGUACAUGUACAUGUAAUUAAAUUGUAAAAAAGAUUGGCUUCUUAAGGAAAAAUGUUUUUUUAUUUAGAAACAUGCAUAUAAUGUAUGACAUACAUAUGUUGUAGUUUGUGAAAUCAUUGAUUACUUUAAAAGUUUUAGCUAUGUAUUAGUCUUUGAACAAAAUAGAUCGGGUAUGUUGAAGUUUUAUGGUUUUUGCUAAAAAUGCUCCCCUUUUCUGCUUUCUGAAAGGAAAAGAAGCAUAUUUUGCUUAAAAUAACAUCCAUUGUCUUAAGUAUAAGAACAUUUGAGUUGUUUCAUUCAUGAUCGGUCUAUGAAUACUUGGGAAAACCAUUUUUAAAGAUAUCUUUUAAUACAGGUAUUUAAGAUACUGAUAUUAUUACAUUUUAGAAAUAUUAAGACCUUAUGUAUUCAUUGGAAGCAAAAAUUUUAAUGACAAGAAUACAUGUCUCUUAUUUGGUUCCUUCUACUAGGUUUUCAUUAUUAAGUCUGCAAAUGGACAUUGCUCACUCAACCGGAAAUAAAGUAGAUUAUGAAAUAAUA